CCCCAGGUCAGUGGGGUCCCGACUGCAUCCACACCUGUAACUGUCACAACGGAGCAUCCUGCAGUGCAUAUGACGGCAAGUGUAAGUGUACGGCCGGCUGGACGGGGCUGUACUGCACACAGCGCUGUCCGCUGGGCUUCUUUGGAAAGGACUGUGUUCAGGCGUGUCAGUGUGAGAACGGUGCAGACUGCGAUCACAUCUCCGGUCAGUGCACCUGCCGCACCUGCUUCAUGGGACACGACUGUGAACUGAAAUGUCCUGCAGGUACGUAUGGAUAUGGCUGUCGGCAGGUGUGUGACUGUCUCAAUAACUCCACCUGUGAUCACAUGACUGGCACCUGCUACUGUAACCCCGGCUGGAAAGGCAUGCACUGUGACCAGGCCGGUGUGAUCAUCGUAGGUAAUCUCAACAGCUUGACAAGUGCUGCUGUGCCUGUGGACUCAUAUCAGAUCAGUGCGAUCACAGGAAUCAUCGUUCUGGUGCUCCUCAUGCUCAUCUUCCUCCUCAUCUUCAUCAUCUACCGCAAGAAACAGAAAGGCAAAGAAUCCACGAUGCCUGCGGUCACAUACACACCUAACAUUAGGGCCAACAACCGAUUACGCCAUCGCAGGAGCUUAUGGAGUUGACAGGCAUUACAUGGGAAAGUCACUGCGAGACCUGGUGAAGAGCGUUCCCCAUCACGCCAGCUCCAGCUCUCUAAACAGCUCAGAGAACCCGUACGCCACCAUCAAAGACCCUCCUCUGCUGCAGACCCAGAGCUCGGAGUGCGGCUAUGUGG